AUGAUUGCCGCAAAUGUUCCUCACCUCCCAGACGGAGACUCGCCAGAUUUAAUCUUGGUCCCCGCCACUCCCGAGGAGCGCAUCGCCUCCAUCAAGCUCAACAGUAUUGCCUGGAAAGGUCCCUUGGACGUCGAAACCUACAUUGCGCGUGAAGAUCACCUCUACAGCCAACGACUUACCCGCGAUGGGCUCACCUGCUGGAUCUUGGUCGACGGUACCGAGCCCGAGGGCGAUCGCACUAUUCUAAGCUCCUGCGAAACCUACCAGAAGAAAGCCCUACUCGCACAUGACGGCCAAGUGGAAGAUGUAUCCACCCACGGCAUAGGAAGUGUCUACUGCAGGCCGGAGUUCCGGGGCAAGGGUUACGCAAAGCGCAUGCUAGAAGAGCUCAGCCGGAAGCUUGAUACGUGGAAAAUGGAAAAGCAGCCGCGAGGCAGAGCAUUGUUUACUAUUCUGUUCUCGGAUAUCGGCAAAAAGUUCUAUGCACAGUUUGGCUGGCGGCCAUUCUCGUCCUCACACAUGGUGUUGCCGGCUCGGGCGAAGGGGGAGCUUUCCAAUGGAGCGACAGGGAAAUGUGCCACACGGGAUUUAUAUGCCGAAGACGUCGACAAGCACAUGUGCAACGGUACGGUCAUUGCCAAUCUGUGUGAAGAGAUGCGGGUUGCCUCGAAAAAGUCACAGACCGCCACCGUGGCUAUCCUGCCUGAUUUCGACCACUUUGUAUGGCACUGGGCUCGUGAGGAAUUCUUUGCACAGCAGCUCUUUUCACACCGCGCUCCACCAACCAUCAAGGGCGCCGGGAAUGACGAUGCUCGCGUAUACUGCGCGUGGAAUCGGAACUUUGGCGAGACACCCGAGGACAGUGUGCUUUACAUCUUGCGGUGGGUGUACGACGAGCCCACAUCACCCGAGCAGGAGCAAGUGUUAGUCCAGGCGAUGGCUGGUAUCUUGCGGCGGGCACAGCACGAGGCAAAGGAGUGGGGACUGAGCACCGUCGAGUUCUGGAAUCCGGAACCACUCCUACAGAAGGCUGUCAAGGUGCUGGAUCCCGAUGCGGAGGUUGUGCACCGCGAGAAGAGCAGCAUUUCUAGCCUGCGCUGGACCGGUGACGAGCACGGGCUUGGUCAGGAUGUGGAGUGGGUCUUGAAUGAGAAGUAUACUUGGUGCUGA